CGAACAAAAAACAACAACAAACAAACGUCAAAACAUUACAACGCGCGAGGAGGUUUUUGAUCGUUUGGACCGCAUGAGGGAAGUUAAUUAGCCAGAGCAAGUGCAACUCGUAGUUAAAGUUCGUUGUAAAUGUGAAUCAAUGUUCCAUUUACGAGCGUGUUUCCAUGUUUCCGCCAAACUGUACAGACAGCCCGUAGCUAAUUGCAUAAUCAACCGUCGUCAAUUAUUCCGGACCGAUGUUGUUACAGUCUCGAAAACAUCAGUCGGCUGUGAGAAUAAAUUCGCUCAUGCCGUCUUGGAAAUCAAUCCGCAAUGCCGAGUAUUGCGAGGCGAACAAAACGACAAGAAUGACGUCGCAUCUGUGGCAAUCGAUUUCGAUCAAAAUUGGAGAGACUUAACCACAACUGGUGUGGUUGAAUGGCUCGAGACAAUCAAAAAUUAUUGCAAACAAAACGGCACAACGAUAUCGGACGAGAAGUUCGACGAAUUUGUCGAUGUGUGCACGGACCGCUGUUUUGAUUUCACCGACAGUCAAUUGAUUCAGUCACUGCAAAUACUGCAUCGCUAUCCGCUGACGGAAUCGCCCAAGUCGAGAAAUUUUGUCGAGCUGUGGAAUGCACUUGACGAUGCCUGCGUGGAACGAAUCGACGCAUGGGACUUCAAUACCAUUUUGUAUGUGUGCGAUCACUGGCAUAUGCUGCAACUGGGACGAUUCAAUAAAUUCAGUUUUCGAGGAUGUUUGAAAAUUGGCAGAAAACUUCGCAGACUGCCGCCCCAUCAAUUGGUUCAGCUGAUGUUUUAUCUGAGUAUUCGGCGUGUUGAAAUACUGGACAUGUUCGAGAUUGAAAUCAAUUUGGGCAAUUCGUUGGACGCAUUCAGUUUGGACGAGAUAGCGGUGCUGUGUAUGGGCUUUUUCAAAACCCAGACGAAAUUUAAGGAUCAGGAAUUGGUAGAGAAGAUCUUCAAGCGAACGAUACGUGAGAUCGACACGGUAGAUGACCUAGCGUUCACCUGCAUUUUAAAGGCUCUGCGUUAUUCGUUAAAAAAUUUCCACCACGCCCUAGUACUGGAAAUGCUCAACGCUGCCGACGGCCAAUUGGCUCGCCUAUCAACGUUGACCUGUCUGCACGUAGCUCUCUUAGGGACGCAUCUUCACAUAUGCCAUCAGAGUUGCAUCGAGCAAAUUUUGCACCGUUUCGCCGACGACGUACAGGCGAUUCGCAUGAAAGAUUUGGAACGCAUCAGCUACGUGAUGGGUUUCUUUGAUUUCGAAUCGGAGAGCAACAUUGCCAACCGGUUGUGUCAACAGUUUUUAGCCGAGCUGAAGAAUCGGGUCGAUGACAUCGUCCGGUAUCCGAAAUGCUUUGCGUUGUCGUUGCACUACUUGUCGCUGAAGGGAUACCACGACGAAGAAAUGAUAUCGGUAGCACUGAGCCCGUCGUUUCUGAGUGCGGCCUACGGAAACCAAACGAGAUACGACAAUGAACUCUUCGGCUUGGACUCAUUCGUGAAGAUAAAUCUGAAGGAAACUUACACCGGCAACCAAUUGACCGAGAAGAAUCGGCAGUACAUGGGAAAGAUGUUAACUGAAUAUGUGCCGGACCGUAACAAAGAAUUCAAGAUUGGCUUUGCCGAUAAUCUAUUGCUGGAAGUGAAGGAAACGUCCGACGAGCUGUGUACUCAUUCUUACUUUGCACACUCCCUACCGCAUUUCAGUAAACCGGACAUAAUUAUCGCCUACGACAGAAACUCCAACACCGGCAUCGACAUUGCUCACAAGCUGCCUCCACUCUAUACGGGAAAGAUUAUCGAUCGGUCUAUGUUAGUGGAUGGCCUCGACACCGAUGCUGCUGAUGUGGAGAUAGUCAAUGUUAUUGUCGGUGGUUGGUCCAGUUACAUCAGAGGUACUGAAAAGGUGAACGGUUUCAACAGACAGAAAAUUGAACAGGCGAAAAUGCUGGGCUUACGGCCAGUUUUGAUUCCGUGGUUUGAUUGGAAGAGAUUGCUUAGGUGGGAACGGAAAAUGUAUAUCGAACGGAAGAUAAAGGAAGCGCUGCAAGUUAAAUAAUUUUAUUUUCCAAACAACAGACUGCUAUGUACAAAAACACGAGAAAAUAUAGUCGCGUUAA